GUUCCAGCAUGCUAACAUGAAAAGACAGAGGGAGGAGAUACGGCAGCGGGUAAACAGCAACGGGGCAACUACACAUUGGGCUCUAUGUCUGUAGUAAACAUAUUUUCGGACAGAGAAGGAUAUCUGGACUCCUACGAGUCUUCAAUGUCAGCCCUUCAGACUCAGCAUUGCUGCUAGACUUCAUCCUCACACAACACUACUGUACCAAGACAAGCUUGGUGUGAAAAGCUUUAGUGACUUCUAUGGUGGUGUGGCAGGAGCACACAACUCAGGAAGAUGGCAUCACCUUUUGUGCCUGUUCCUGUGCCCAUGGACAGAGCCUUGUCACGUGGUAGCAACAAGCUGAGACGAGCGCAGCGAGCUUCAUCUCUGGGAAGCGUCUCCAGCAGCUCAGAGUCUUCGUCUUCAAUCGCCAGGAUGGCUGGGGAGGAACAUGGGGGAGUCGGAUGCAGAGAAUUAGAUUCCCAACGUCAGUCUCGCUGUGCGGACAGGGGUGGCCGCAGCCGAACGCCCCCACCCCUUCAAAGCCCUGUGACACGGGCCAAGUUGAACGGGACUCUGGAGCCGUCUGUCGAAUACUCGAGCUGUCCGCGAUCUAUAUCGGAUCCUGCUGGGAGCCAGCAAGUUGAGGAGAGGCCUAUCACCCCCACUGUGCUGGGGUAUGAGGUCAUGGAGGAGAGGGCCAAGUUCACGGUGUAUAAGAUCCUGGUGAGAAAGACUCUGGAUGAGAGCUGGGUUGUUUUCAGAAGAUACACUGACUUCUCCAGACUCAAUGACAAGCUGAAGGAGAUGUUUCCAGGCUUCCGCCUCUCACUGCCUCCUAAGCGCUGGUUCAAAGACAACUAUGACAGCAACUUCCUGGAAGACAGACAGCUAGGACUGCAAGCUUUUUUGCAAAACUUGGUUGCACACAAGGACAUCGCCAACUGCCUGCAAGUGAGAGAGUUUCUGUGUCUCGAUGAUCCACCUGGGCCUUUUGACAGUCUGGAGGAGAGCAGGGCGUUCUGUGAGACUCUGGAGGAGAGCAACUAUCGUCUUCAGAAGGAGCUGCUAGAGAAGCAAAAGGAGAUUGCCUCCCUAAAGAGGAGGCUGGAGGAGAGGGAGCAAGCCAUUCUACUAUUGGAAAAGCAUAUCAACAAUGAGUGUGUUAGUCCAGAGUCUCCAUGUCGGCUGUCAGCUCAGGGCAGUGAGAGCAGUGCAGAUGCAGAUGUGGAGUCAUCUGCUGCAGAGGCCGAUCAGGACAUCCCUGAAGACACCGGCAGUGCUGCCCCAAUGUGAAAAAAAGAGCCCCAUAACAUGUGAGUGGCAGGUGUGAGGUCCAGCCUGUGCGAUCCUCUGCCUGUUGGUGCGGUCCGUCGCUCAGCGUCUCUCCUCCCGUCAUCCAGGUCACUCAGCUCUACCACAAGAACUCAGAACACUAACAAUAAACCCCGGUCUUCCUCGCCACCUCUUUCAGUUCUCCCUGCCUUCUUUUCCACCUCCUCACUGCAGCACUAGUCCACAUGUUUUUUGGGGGUUUGUUUGGGGGGUUUUUUAAGCUUUUUUUGUGUUCUUAUUUGUACUUGCCUUUCCCACCUCCUUUCACAUCUCAUCUUACUACCUGUCAGAGUGUAAGUGAUGUUUCAUCGUCCAGUCAUGGAGUUGGAUGAUACAGCAUUUCCCUCAAUAUCUGGACUUAAAGAGAAUGGUUGUAUACUAAAAGCAACAAACCAUGGGAAAUUUUACCCGGCACCUACAGAAGAUGUUGAAGACCUUGUUGGGACUUUGGACUAAAUGGGUCUGUCUGACAGUGUGUUUGGAUUUCUUGGUCCUGAUAAUUCACUUUUGAACCCAGUGUGUAUCCACAAGACCUCAUCAGUUAGAGCCUGCAGGCCCAAAGCCAAAGUCUGAAUUUUUGACCAAAAAAAGAAAAAGGAGAAAAGGGCGAGUUUCACAAUUGUGACAAUCUAUAUGAAAUCUGAAUUAUAAUCUCAAUAGUUUUCACUGCAGUCCUUUGCCUUAUGGCAUCUUAGUUGUUAUGAGAGGCCCUCUUUGUAAACCGGGGAAACGACCCCCCCGUGUGGCUGUUCAAACAAAAGUCUGACUCAGGAUAAGCAGGUAACAGGUGUUUGACAGAGGAUUGGUAACGUUUGGUCUGCAGGUACUUCAUCUCAUUGCAAUGUACUGCCAUUUACUGUUAUUGUAGUAGACGGUCCUCCCGUCUUGAAAGUUGUCAUUGUGUCUCCACUUUCAGGUGCAUCUAAAAGCUACAUUCCAGCCUGUUUUUGUGCCAUGUGUCAUAAAUCAUGUCCUGAUGGGGGCAUUUAGUCCAUACCAUACUGUGUCAAAGCCAAGGAAUGUACAGGGCACCAUGUAUACUAAUCGUCUCAUUACCCUGAGACAUUCCAGCAUAUAUGCAUAAACAUUUCAAGGCAUUAAUUUUCCCAGGUGAAGGUCAUUUCACAAAUCUUUACACCAGACCUCUCCUGGCACCUCUUCUGGAUUUCCAUAUUUUUCAGGGCCUAAUAUGGUGUGAUUAAAGGACAAGAAUGGCAUUUUUGCUCACAUAUGUAGGAAUGAGGAUUUGGUUUUAUCUGCUGUGGAUUUUAAGAUAUCAGAUUUGAGAUCUAACAGCCACUUCUUCGUAUUUUGAUGAUCCACAUAGGACAUUGUUGAUUGGGGGUUUUUCUACUGGCAUUGUUGUUGCAGCAAUAGUUACAUGUUAGUCAUGUUUUGGGGCAUCCUAGGAGACCGCGACAGAAUUUUUUAUUUGAGAUGUCUCAAAAUCCCAGCUGAUAAAACUAUCGACCAAGUGAGACACGGGUGAAAGACACAAAGAGGUGACAGCUCCUCAAGUAUACAGUGGUGCUAUUCUUUUUCCCUGAAAAAUCCCAAUGUUUAAGACCUGAUGGGCUGGAAAAAGAGGGAAAAGAAGACCAGCAUAGUCAUCGUUUAAAGCCUUCAAAGCUUGUUAGGAUGCAAAAAAAUCGGGCUGGUAUUUGAGGAAGAAGUGAAUGCCACAGGCAACUAAUAAACUCACAGUUUAGCCUUGUUGGCUCUUUAUCUGCAUCAAGACUGUUAUUCAUUAAAUCAUCCACUAAAGCCAUAUUUUUACACUUAAGAACACUUGAGAGGCAGACGUUUCACAUGUGGUCGAGUGUGCUGAGCAGCUGUUGUUUUCACUCUUUCAUGAUGACUAUGAAGUAUAUAAUGGCUACGGGGGAUGUUGACUUGUCUCAAACAAGGCCUGGAACAGGUCAUGUGAUGCACUUUAUGGAUGAAUGGCAACACGCAAUGUUUGCUAGGAUAUUGUUUUUACUAUUAUAACACAGAAAUAUGCCUUUUAGCUCACCUAAUCUGUCCUGGUUCCCAACUGUAUCUGAAAUGUCGCAGCUUGAUUAACUUGUAUUUAGUUCUUUGUCUGUAAAUUCAUUUGUUGUAUAAUUCUAAGUGCCUUGAAUAUUUCCACUCGGCUCCUUUUUUAUAUGUUGGAAUAGCUUUAUAGGUUUGUGUACAACAUGUGACAUAUCCACUACAUCCCCCUGAUGGAACUAAUGUUUUAAAAACACUUCUGUGUAUAUGUGGUUGCUUGGAAUAGAUUGAAGGAGAUGUGUUUUUGUUAUAUUACAUGAACUGAUAUGGAAAUUUAGUUCAAAUAUACACUUGUAGUUGCACUAUAAAAAAUUGACAUAAUCAGUAAUGUCCCUGAUUUAAAGGGUUUAUUCACUGAGUAAUCAUAUCUGAAAUGUAUGCUGUAGAUAUUGUUACACAUACUAUAGCAAAAAUGUUUAUCAGAAAUAUUUAAUUCACAUACAAUUAAACACGGAGUGAUAUAUUGAAA